GGAUACGAGCGACGGAGGGAUACAGGGAGAACAGCAGGUAGCUAGUGGGUCCGUUUUAUCCACAGUGAUUUAAUCAUGUAAGGGAUUGAAGGAACCUUUUUAUCAACAUGAAGUCGGAUUUUAUGGGGAGAUAGCUGCUACCGAGGCGCCGUGCAGGCUGCUGACGGGGAGGAAUGCACACUGGAGGUCAUUUUCCCGGACUGGGGAGGUGGGAGGCAACGGCCCCCGCAGUGUUGUGAGGGAUAUUGUUAGCUAGCUAGCUAAACAGAAGGACUUCCGGUUAAUAUUUUCAAAAUAAAAAAGCUCCGACAAGAGCGGGAUUUGUUUGAUUGAUGUUCUCGGGAGAAAAUUUUACUUACAUGCGUGAACUUAUCAAAAACGAAUCCGCAGUGGGUUUAUGAGUAUGCUGCAACGACUCGUGCUAUUGAUUCUACAAACACGCAACAUCGACACACUUGCUACUUUUACUUUGAAGUGGAAUUUACCGCAUCCCCAGUCCAAUUGUCGUUAGCUCUUGCUAGCUUGACACAUACAAGAAGGGGUGAAGUUACAAAGCCUCAGACCAAAACAAGACUUCUCAUCUUGUGGUGGACAACGCCGCCUUGCUAUGAAUGGGACCUACCUCGUCUCACUGUGUUUUUUCCGAGUCAAAUGCCUUUUAAACUGGAGGGCCUGUCGGUUAUCUGCAAUUGAAGCUCCAGUGGUGGAAAAUACGGUACGUUUGAAUUAGUAACGGUUGGGAUAUUUCAGCGGAUGCACUCUAACGAAAAAUCCCUGAUUUCGAUGUCAACUUCUGUCUGUGGUGCUCACUUGUGAGGUUUGCAGUGAAAGAUCAACAUGUACUGUCAACCACUGAAAACCAAGAAAAGGCUCUUGUAGCUGGAGGAGGAUUACCUGCCCUAACUUUUCCUCCUCCUCCUCCUCCUCCUCCUCCUCCUCCUCCUCCUCACCCUCUUGGGAUCAAUGACCGGACCCAACUCCCCAAGCCGGACCGGCACCACCUCGGCUAAGCUGAGCAGACAUGGCCGGUCCAAGAGCACCAGCUCGCACUGUCUCCUCCGCUGCAGCACCCAGGAGGAGUCCUCCGCCUCCCCCCCUAACAACAGCCCUCGGUCCCCUGGGGACGAAGAGGAGAAGGAUGGAGGGGUUCUUUUUUAUGUGAACAGGACAGGUUUUCCCAUCGAGAGUGUAACCUGGGAAAGGAUGUGGUCCCACGUGGCUGCUGUGCACCCUGAGGGUCAGGAGAUGGUGGACAGGAUACGAAAUGCUGCAUACCUUCCCAAGCAUUCCGUUCCCUCAGUCCCAACCUUCAAACCGUCCAUGUCGGUUCCAGAUUGGCUUGUGGCCAUCCAGAACUACAUGAAGGCUCUGCAAUACAACCACACAGGAACCCAAUUCUUUGAAAUCAAGAAGAGCCGUCCACUGUGUGGGUUAAUGGAGACAGCAAGAGAGAUGAUCAGAGAGUCUUUGCCAAUCAAAUGUCUGGAAGCCGUCAUCCUGGGAAUCUACCUGACCAACGGGCUGACGUCUCUCGAGCGUUUCCCCAUCAGCUUUAAGACCCAGUUUUCUGGCCACUGCUUCCACCAUGUUGUACUGGGCGUCUACUGCAACGGCCGCUAUGGGUCACUUGGCAUGAGCCGCCGGCAGGACCUGAUGGACAAACCGCUGACACACCGCACACUGGGAGAACUUGUAGCUGAGUUUGAGAGCUCUUACAAAAGAUACCAGCACACUCUGAAGAAGGUGAAGAUCGGCCUGUAUGUGCCUCACGACCCCCACGUCUUUCAGCCGAUCGAGUGGAAGCAUUUGGUGCUGAACGCUGCACGACUGGGAGCCCAGGAGAUGAGGAAGGAACUGGAGAAACACGGCCGAGAUAUGAGGAUGAAGAUCCUUAAAUCAUCCAGUGCGCAGUCACCAAUCAAGGAGCGGAGCCGGGGGAAAUCCUUAUCACCAAGGCGACGGCAGAGCAGUCCCCAGCGACGCUUCACACACCGCAGAGACAAAUCGCCGGCCUCAGUGGAGAGGAAACCUCCGGAGCUUAGCACUCUUAAUGAUGGCUACCAGAUCCGCAUCUGAUCCCCAUCAUUACCUCCCAAUCAUCCAAAAUCCGUCCAGCCUUCUCAGCCACCCUGAUCCUCCUGAAGAGCCUCUACCUGCCAUCGCUUUCAAGAGAGCAGUCACUGCAGCUACAGUGAUUUCACACAGUCAAGGUGGUUGACAAACACACUAAAACAUGUUAAAAGAGCUUUUCUGAGCUGGAAGCAGAACAAUAUUUCAGAAGCCAAGACUCGGACAAAAAGUAACUGGUUGUUCUGGUUUUAAUGCCUAACAGUGGACUGUUCAGUAGCAAUGAAUCCUUGACAACAGUCUCAUCAUUUAACACCUGAGAGUGGCUGCUCUUUCUCUUACACAUACAUUUCAGUCAUGUAGUUGAAGCACUAUCCAUCUGAUGUAGGAUAAGCCCAGAAGAAGUGCUAUCAAUGCAUUUUUAGAUUAACAAGAUUUCAUUGAACUGGUAGGUAGAAAUUAAAGGCUGAGAGCUGUCAUGUCCUGACAACAGAUAAAGGCAAGUGUUGUGUGACCCCUCAGUGACCUUGUGUCUUAGAGAAGGGCUACAACAGGAAGUGAGAGAGAAGAAAGAGUAGAUAUUUGUCAGCAUCAAUUUGUGAACGUAUUUUUCAGUGGUUGAGAGAGACCGGUAUCCAUGGUGGAAGAGUCACAACAAGAACAUGUUCUGUUUCUCUUCGCACAGAACAGACUAAAAAUAUUUAAAUUUAUUGGGGGUUUUGGCAUGUUAUCGUGUUAAAUUAUCAGGUAUCAUGAUGCUACUUCUAUGGCACUAUUUCUUACCGAGAAUUUAAGUCAAGGAUGGGAGCAGCAAUGACUUCACAGGGUUUCAUUUUGUUGUCAGUUUUCCAACAUGGCAGGCCUGGAGGAGGAGAUUCACAGGUGUGGGUGUUGUUAUCCCACUUUAUUCUCACAUCUGCUCAACUACUGCAGCACUUUGGCUUUAAUAAAAAGACCACUGAAGGGAUGUUCAAAAGUAAUAUUUCAGUUUCAAUCCGACCUUUCCAAAACCCCCUGAACCAACAGCAACUUAAAUAAGAUGACUAAGUAGACUUCCACAUGCAGAUUCUAUUGAUCAGAGAGGACGAGUGUAGAAUAAGGAGAGGACGUUCAAUAAGAUAUGCAGGGAUAUCAAAGACACAGAGUCCAUAGAGAGGAAAAGGAAGAAGAAGAGAAGAGGUGGAAAGGGGUGAGAAGAGAGGGAGUUAUAUAGAGAGAGGAUUCACUGCAGAACAUCAGUGAACGAUCAUUAGAGCACUGCGGCAAACCUCCUGCCCCCCACCCUACCCCCUCUCUUAUUCCCCUCCUCCUCUGCCCUCUGUUGACACAUAACUGAAUACAUAACCACAGCUCUGUUUCCAGCCAAGUAAAACUCCUCAAACACAAAAAUGUAAAGACUCAAAUACAGACUCGUGUUGGACAAGAAGUUUAUGGUCACAGUAUCUAAAGCUAAAUAUGUAGACAGAAAGGCACUCACUGAUAUUAUAGUAAAAGAGAAGGUUCAGCAUUUUUGUCCACAAAACUAUUGAUUGAGUCGAUCAUUCAAAAUUCACAUUGUUAUUUAUUCAAUAAGGUGAUUUCUAUUAUUUAUUAUAGCUUAAUUCUUAGGAAAAAACACCUGUUUGAAUGGACAUUUAGCUGUAGGCUAAGCUAGCUUGUCCAUCCGUCCAUCACAUUCUUGUGAACGCAGCAUCUCAAGAAUGCCUGGAGGGAAUUUCUUCAAAUUCGGCACAAAUAUCCACACUUGGACUCAGGGCUGAACUGAUAAGGUUUUGGUGGUCAGAGGUCAAGGUCUGUGUGACCUUGUGUCCGUUUCCAUUCUCGUGAUCGCAGUAUUUCAGGAAAAGCCUUGAGGGAAUUACUUACGAUUUGGUACAAACUUCCACGUUGACUCAAAGAUGAACUGAUUAGAUUUCGAUGGUCAGAGAUCAAAGUCAGUGUGACCUUGCAUCUGUUUCAUUCUCAUAAACGUGAUAUUUCAAAAAGGCCUUGAGGGAAUUUCCUCAAAUUUGGCACAACUGUCCAUUUGGACUAAAUAAUAAACUGAUUAGAUCUUGGUGGUCAGAGGUCAAGGUCACUGUGACCUUGUGUUCACCUUAUUCUCGUGAACACUAUAUUUUCUGACAGCCUUAAAAGGAAUUUCCUUGAAUUUGGCACAAACAUCCACUUGGACACAAGACCAAACUGAUUCAAUUUUGGUGGUUAAAGGUCAAGGUCACUGUGACCUCGCAAAACAUGUUUUUGGCCACAACUUAAAGCUAUAGUGCGUAACUUCUAUCGCCUCCCAGCGGAUAAUGCGUUAUUACAACUAAUAAGCCGGCGGCACUUCCAUGUACACAGAGUAAACACUCGCCACGCACCGUGUACACAAAGUAACACUCGCCAGUCGCCACACACCGUACGCAGAGUAACACUCGCCAGUCGCCACACACCGUGUACACAGAGUUACACUCGCCUCACACCGUGUACACAGAGUAACACUUGCUUCACACUCUGUACACAAUGCUACACAACGUGGCGAACACCAGGCUGCUAACAUUACAUUAUGUUCAUAGCACCAUUUCCAAGAAAAUAAUAAAGUACUAGGUCCAGUACAUGUAACAGCAACACAUACUACUCAUAAUAUAAUUAUAAACCAAGUCACUUACUUAUCCAACAGCAGCAAGGCAACAUCCGUGUCUGCCCUCAGCCCAAUUUCUUUAUACAGGGAUCUCCACCGAGGAAAAGCGACGCCAAUACAAAUCCUUGUUUGCCUUCUCCGUCGGUCACUUUCCUUCUUUGCUAAUAGACCUUCAGCCAAACGUCCAGGCUUUUUCUUUGUGGUAGGAUCCACUUCUGAACCGUGUCUCGGCCGCUUCUCCGCCAUGUUGCUUUCUCCUUCUACCUGCGCUCUACCUCUUGCUAUGACACUCUCUGCUCUUCCUCCCCCUCCCUUCUUGUUGUGAGGAAGCAUUUCCUGUGUGCCAGCGCGGGAAUGUCGCCGGUCGACACGCAAACUAAAAAUGAUAUAUUGAAAAAUACCGCGAGAUGUUAGAGGAGCCGAUUGGCUUAAUCAGCAUUGUGUAAUCUCCUCUAGUAGUGGCUUGGGUGAAACGGACAUUUACGGACCUGUAGAAGUUACGCACUAUAGCUUUAAGAAUUAACACAUAAAUUACGACAAAAUUCAUUAUUCUUUUUUCUUUCUCAUGCCUUAACUCGACUUGUAGUUGAGAUUGAAAUGUGAAUGAUACAGAAUCAACCACAAUACAGUUUAACAUUUAACACAACCACACAUUGAGAGGUCAGCACAUUUGAUGAAUGAGAGCAUUGUGGAUUAUUCUUAAAAUACUGUGAUCUUGAAAAGGGUACCUUAAAAAGUAUAUCCUGAAAAAUUAAAUCACUAGUUUUUCCAAAACAGGUUAGCAGAAGGCUGUGGGGCUUCGGAUGUGUCAACCACACUCUGCUGUAGCCAACCCAUGUUUUCACACAGUAAACUAACGUACUGUUGGCCAGCUGGGUGCUGCCUUCACAGCUGUUCCACCAACAGCUGGAAAAUAAAACAAUUUAGCUGGUCCAAGUUCAGCUGAAGCCAGUUUGUCCACUCAGACAAAAGAGAAGUGAAGGCAGAUGUUGGCCGAGUGAACACUCUAACAAAGGCCUCAUUCAAGACAGAUUUAUCUGACAGAGGGAUACAAUACUCUGCACGCUGUCAGCAGAUAAUACAGGCAGUUGGGACAGUGGGGGCAGGACCUUUACAGGGCUCUAAGAUGAUUGUUUUGGUCACCAAAUGCUCCUAUUAAUGAAAAUUGUCAUGUUUUAAUCUCAUGGAUGAAUGCAUUUUGACUUUUGGUGUAAUACUGAGAAACUGAGAUAUUGAGUCAAAGGACACUGCUCCAGCUCUGCAACAUGAGGGCAGCGCCACUCUGUGUUUGUCAACCUAGAACGUCAAAGAAAGUCAAAAUGUUUUGUUAAAGCAGUUUUCCAAUCAGAAACUCAUAUUUUUAGUUCUUCACAGGGGACAAAUAAGAGUCAGGAAACCACGAAAGUUCUCAGAGCAGCUUGCUGAAUUGUCUUAUUGCUCAAAGAGGCUUCUGUACUGAUGAGAGCCUUGAUGAGAGCAUUCAGUACUGUAUGCACUGCUUCACGCUCGUAUGCGUGAUGUAUCAAAAGGAUUGUCCAAAAAAAAUCCAAUCAAGUCUGAAUUUGAUUGGGGUUUUAUUGUUUGGAUCUUCCUGUUGAGGCCUUCGAUGAUCACAGCUGAGAAAUUUGAAAUCAAAGAAGCUUGAAAUCACACGUCACACAUGUCAUAGUUGGUUUUAACCAGUGAAAUGAUGUUUGAAUAUCACGUAUCAUACCAGAGACAAAAGAGUAUUCAGUUGUUAACAGAAACCUUAUAUCGAAACAUAUUCAACACAUGCUGUACUCAGGUACAGUAUAUAUGUUUGUAUGUCAAAAUGCAUCUACAUUAAGUCAUGUUUGUUACAUCCACAGAAUGUACUGUACGGUUUUAAGCCUUUAGACUGAGAACUAUAGAAGUCCGUUUUUAUUGUUGGCGAGUAUAACCAGCUCUGUUCACAGAAUUAAGGGGUUAAGUUCGUUGCUCAAUGACAUUUUGAGGGCAGCUGUUGAGUGAAGACAAAAGAUUAAAUCCACGAUUUUUAAAAAAAAAAAAAAAAAAAAAAGCAUUAAAGG